AUGGCCUCGUUCAUGAAAUAUCCGCUACGUGACCGCUUAAGGACUGAUAGUCGCACUCCAACGAUGAGACAUUUGCUACACGUUGGCAUUUCUGGAGGUGGAAGUCGAUUUGGGAAUGUUAACGGUUUUAGUGUAAUCGAUAUUAAUGUUAUUUCAAGAUCUUUUUUGCGAUCACAAAUAAGACAUAUGGUACGCAGCAUUGUCGAGCAUGCUUACGGACGUCUGCAGCGGGAACGUUUGGUAUGGUUGCUAAACAACCCAAAUCCUGAAAAUUUUCAUCAUUUCGGAAUGGUGGCAGCUCCACCCCAAGGAUUAUUUCUAGAAGAUGUUGUGUACGACGAACGAAUGUUUAUCAAUCCCGUACCAUACCAUUACCAUAGCUGGGAUGAUGAAAUGGAUGAAACGUUUUGUGAUGAAUCGUUUUGA